AUGACAGUUGAUAUCUCAGUACAACCUCCCGAUUUUCAAAUGCAGUUAUGUGAUUUACAAUCACACUGUUUUCUUCAAUCAAAAGUAAAUCUGCCUCCUGAAGAGUUUUGGAAACUGUGUUCACAAGAAAAAUUCCCAAUAUUACGGAAUAUGUCUCUUGAAAUGUUGUCAUUAUUUGGCAGUUCGUAUAUUUCUGAAUCGGCAUUUUCUACAAUGAAAUUAAUUAAAUCAAAAUCAAGAAACCGUAUUAACAAUUCGUCUUUAGAAUCGUGCAUCAGAUUAGCCACCACAGCGUGUUCAAUUGAAAUUGAUAAAUUGGCUACUGAAAAACAAUGUCAAUCAUCACAUUAA